CCCAUCCACAGGGUGGCAGAUAUGACCUCUUAGACAACAGCACUUCCUCCUCUCACAGAAGGAGCGGUGGUUUGAACCUGAACAAACUGACCGUGGAUCAGAUAUCACUGACAUUUAUCAGCUGCUGUCCCUGAGUUGAAAGAAUAAAAGCCGACCACAGAUCAGCUGUUGCUCAUACAUGUGAGCUCUGAAGAGGACGACUAUCAGCAGCGAACCGCGAGACUAAAAUGUCUGAACCAUUAACCUCAACAAACUCCAAACCGGAGAGUCAAGGGGAGCUGACCACUGAUCUGCACCCCAACUCAACAUUGGACUGUCAGACAAAAUAUGAGAGACAAGUUACAGAGAAGCUGCAUGGUGACUCUGAACAAUCACAGAAGAUCCGUGCAGUCCCGAUCCACCGGCGACCUGACCUGCUGGUUCCCUGUGCGGACCUGGUCAACUCCGAGUGGCAGAGGAGCCAGGCCGCCCGGGUUCACUCCCUCCAGAAAUCCUGUCCAGAGUUCCCCAUCUGCUUGGUUCUCCUGCAGGGCCACCGAGAGACAGAGCGGCUGGUCGGCCACGCACGCCUCUCCCGGGUGGUAGGUCACAACAGCAGCCUGUUCGUCGAGUCGGUGGUUGUGUCCAGGGCGGAGCGAGGGAAGGGCUAUGGCCGGACUCUGAUGGAAGAGGUUGAGCGCUACGCCAAAAGCAGAGCUUUCAAGCGCCUGUGCCUGACCACCCACGAUAAACAGCACUUCUACGCCCACCUCGGCUAUGUGCUGUCCACGCCGGUGCAGAACGCAGGCGCCAUGACUGCUUUUGUUCCCAUGGAGAUGCUUUUGAGGUUCUCCAGAAUGCCGAGUGAAGAGGCGAACACAAAGAAACAAACGGCAGCAACAAAGAUGGAUCCUCAAGUACCACAUGGGACCAAAGACUCAAGAGGUGCUUGUGUUGUAGGGUCACCUCCACCUUCUAGUUUACCUCAUCCUCCCACCAUCUCUCCUCCUCUUCCUCUUCCUUCCAUCCCUCCUCCACCACCUCCUCCUCCUCCUCUUCCUCUUCCUUCCAUCCCUCCACCACCACCUCCUCCUUCCAUCCCAUCUCCACCACCUCCACCUCCUCCUCCUCAGUCUACAGGAGAGCUUGUAGUUCAGACUCUGACUGAAACUCCCUACAGAGACGCCAAAGGAGUUCCCAUCUAUUGGAUGCACAAAGACAUUUGACGAACAAUCAGAUGCACUUAGGAAUGCGUUCAUCCACAUUAUUGCAGACACAGCCAGUAUGUUCAUAUGUGCACACAACAAAAGACAGGAACAUAUGUUCAAACAUUUAAAGAGUAAACACCAUUAAUGGUCUCUCAGACAGAAAACAAGUAAUGGUGUGUCAUUCACUGCUAUCAUACAGUCACAACAUGUCUCUGUCACGGUCUUGGGCUCAGCCACAGAGAACACUCAGACACAAACACAUAAGUGCACACACGGGCUCAAACGUACAGCCAGAGCUAUGCUGAAAGCUUCCAAACAAAGAUCAUCAUUUAAUACUGCCGUGAACAUCAUAAGACACUUAAGACCUCAACCAGUGUUUUAUUUUCAUCGUGUGGGCCUUCAUUCUUAUUGGAUGACAUCUGUCAAGUCUAAUGAAGCAGAUAAAGGAGCUGGUUGCUGGUAGUAACAGUUCACUCCACACUUGUUCUCACUUCCCAGUAUCUGAUUUUGAUAAUUAACAUAAAACUGCUUGCAGUGCGUGCAGUGGAGUGCCUGUGUCUAACCCGGGCCUGGUAAAUCCCUGUAUGUCUGCAUUGAAACGGUGAAUAAAUUAGAAAUGGUGGCCAACACUAUAAAAAAUGAACCAGGUUGUACAAUGAGUGGAGCUACCUAAAUACUGAUUAUUGUUACUUCACUUGGAUGUUUCUGCUUCACUGGGCAGCGUGAUGCAUGUUUCACAUUUAUUUGCUGAAAGGGGAGAAAAGUUUUGCUGUGUUCACUUUAAGCUUGACCGUGAAAGCUUAGUAGUGAUACAUUUUUUAGAUUUAAAAAAUAAAUGCUUUGGCUCAUCCAAACAACCAAUGAAAUUACUUUUACCUUCUUAGCAUCUCUGCCCCUCAAUAAUGUUGCCAAAUUCCAGUCUAUAUCUGCUGCUAUUAAAUAAUAUGAAGCUGUAAUGUUGAACUUGAGGUCUGAUUGUGCCUUUUGUUUAAGUUUGAAAGACCUGUUAUGUUGAUGAAAAUGAUGCCUUGUAUUACAUCUGAUGUUUAAGUUAUGAAUAAUUUGGAAAUAAAGCAAAUUUAUUUUUAAUGAA